AUGUCGACUCACAGACGCGGUCGCGGGCGAGGUAGAUGGAGGAAAGGCACCGUUACUCCUUGCCCGACAGGGAAUGAUCUAGUAGACUUCAUGGCUACCUUGGGAAAUAUGGCUGCAGCUAUGCAGGUGACAGCCGAGGCACUAGGUAAUCAGAUAAACCAGGGUAAUCACAGAAACAAUAAUGAUGAGGACGGUCCCAUGACACUUGCUAUAUUUUUGAAAGUUCACCCUCUAACCUUCAGGGGAACCUCAAAUCCCACUGAUGCAGACAAUUGGAUUCAGGCUAUAGAACGGGCACUGCAGGCUCAGCAGGUGUCUGAGGAGAAAUGGGUUGAGUUUGGAACUUAUCAGCUGCAGGUUAAGGCUCAAUAUUGGUGGCAGGGGACACGACGUAUCCUGCAGCCAGAUGGUGCUGUGAUUCCUUGGGAGGUUUUCCAAACAGAGUUCUAUAAGAAAUACUUUCCUAAUUCAGCCAGAAAUGCCAAGGAACUUGAACUGAUGCAGUUAAAGCAGGGAGAGAUGACUGUUACUGAGUAUACUAGCAGGUUUAAGGAGUUAUGUCGCUUUUCUCGUAUCUGUCAAGGUGCGCAUGAAGAUUUUGCUGAGUGGAAAUGUAUUAAGUAUGAGGGAGGUCUUCAAAAUGAUAUUCUGAGCUUCGUUGCACCAAUAGAGAUCAGAGUAUUUUCGGAACUGGAGAGAUCAGGGAAGGAACUUCGCCCUAGAGAACAAGAUUUUAAGCGAGGCGGUUACACCCCACAACCACAUUUGGGUCAGAAUAACUUCCAGAGAUUCAGUAAUAACAACAGCCAGGAAAGAGGCAAAGGAAAGCAAGCUCAGACCACACCGAAAGAUUUAACUUAUAGGAGGUGUGGAAAAUACCACCCGAAUACUCCGUGCAGGGCUGGGUUAGGUGUAUGCUAUUACUGUGGUGAAGCUGGGCAUUUGUCUUGGAAUUGUCCAGAAAAGAAGAAGAAUCAAGAAGUUGGAAAGGCACAACAUCAGGGACGCAUGUUCACUAUGACAGCGGAUGGUGCUGGAGGCGCAGAUACUCCGAUUAGAGGCAAUCACGAACUGAUAAUCAAAUUUUCUGACUGCCUUGCAUAG